UUCCGUAUUCACAGGUUUCCCUUCAUUGCAUUUCCCUUUCUCAUUUGUGGGAGAAGAGCCAUGAAGAACCGUUGCUCAUCUCCCCCUUUGCACGUCCAUGUGGAUGAAAACACCCCUGUCCAUGUGCAUAUUAAAAAGGGGCAGAAAACCACACCUGCAAAAUGCCAGCAAAAGCACAAACAGAAAUCUAAAGGGGACAGUGUGCGAGCUGUACGGGUGAAAACUAAGGCCCCUUGGAUACCCCCAGGCAAAACAAGCACUCGUGAUACCAUCUUGAAGUGGGAGGUCAAGAUGCAGCAAAUGGAGGAGCAGGAGGAAAUGACAAAGCGUCUCCUGGAGGAGCAGAAGGAAGAACUGAAUGAGAUGACACAAGAGCUGGUACAAACAGAGAAUGAGAACACGCGGCUCCGGCGCAACAUUGAACGCAUAAAGGAGGAGAAGGACCUGACUGUGCUGCAGAAGGAGUGCUUGCAGCAGGAGAAGGAGUGUUUGCUGUCCAAGCUGAAUGAAGCAGAAAGGGAUGGAGCAGCAGCUGCCAGACAGAUCCAUGCCCUGAAAAAUACCAUUGGGAGACUCAACAUUGAGAAACACAUGAGUAGCACUGAUAUAAAUGCUCUUACAAGACAAAAAGAGCUGCUGCUCCAGAAAUUGAGCACCUUUGAAGAAACCAACCGGACACUCCGAGAACUUCUUGCAGAGCAUCAGUCUCGGGAGAAAGAUGCCCAGAAGGUAAUGGAUCGGCAAGCAAUGCUGCUGAAAAGGCUGUCUGACUUAGAUGCAGAGAACAUGCAACUUCAGAUCAGGCUUCAGGGAAAAGAAAAGGAAGUGGAAACCCUCACACUUCAAAUAGUGGCAGAAAAGGAACAGGCAAAGAAAGCAUUUGAACUUGCCAGAUCCUUGGAGUCUGUGAAAGCCCAUUUGCAAGCCCAGGUGCGGAGCAGAGACGCUGAGAACAACCGUCUGACCUCACAGCUGCGGAAUACAGAGGCCAGUGAAAAUCAGACUAAGGGAGAGAUGGAGCUUCUUCUGGAGCAGCUGCAAGACCUGAGAUGCAAAUCAGAGUGUGAUAAAGAGGCCCUGAAGAAAGCAGUCCGUGCACAGAAAGAGCGGGCGGAGCGGAAUGAGGAGUAUGUGCAGAAACUGACUGCCCAGCUAGCAGAAAAGGAAAGCGCUGUUGCUGAGGCCCAGUGCAAUCUCGAGUCCUGGAGGAAUCGCUGCAGCAAAGCAAUGAAGGAGAAGGAUGACCUUGAACUGGAAGUCGUUACACUGAACAGCCGUGUUGCAGACCUGGUGGAACAACUGGCAAAGAUCCAGGAACAGACACGGGACGAAAACGAAGCUUUGGUAGAUAAAGUACAGCAACUGACUGGAGAGAACAAUGCUUUAAAGAAAGACAAUGAAAAACUAAAGGCUGCUCUGAUUUCAAUGGAGGACAAGCUGAACCAAGGACAGAUGGAAUUGCAACAUCUCCAGAGCUCUGUCAGGAGCUACGAAGGGUUGAUUGAAACCUACACAGCACAGGCACAGAUGGCCCGAAAGGAUGCAGAUGAUCUGGCAGCAAGACUGGAGAAGUGUGAAAAAGAGAACCAGAGAAUAAAGGAUGAAAUGAGCAGGGAGAUUGACGAGACUCGUGAGAAGUUCCAGAGCCAGAUUUCUGAACUGGAAAAGCUGCCUGAGAUCCUGAAGUACACUGAGACACAGCUGGCGGAGUGCCAUCAACAGCUCAUGUGUUACGAGAAGAAGAACACGGACCUGUGUGGCAUGAUUUCAGACCUCCGUCAGCUGAUUGACCUCCAGGGGGACAAAAUGGAGAUGACAAGAGAGAGAUAUCAGUCUGCCCAAGAGGAGAAAAAGCAACUCACCUUGAAGGUGGAGGAGCUAGAAAGAAAACUAGAGUCCACGAGUGCCCAGAACAUAGAAUUCCUUCAGGUCAUAGCAAAACGUGAGGAGUCGAUCCACCAGUGUCAGCUGCGGCUGGAGGAGAAGAGCCGUGAGUGCAGCUCCCUGGCACGCCAGCUGGAGAUGGCCAUUGAGGAUGCCAAAAAACAAGUGGAACAAGCUCGAGAACGAGCGGUCUCCAGAGAGAGGGCAGCCCAGUCCAAGGUGUUGGAUUUGGAGACCCAGCUGAGCAGGAGUAAAACAGAGCUGAACCAGUUGCAUCGGAGCAAAGAGGAUGCAGAGCGCCGAUACGAAAGCCGCCUCCAGGACCUGCGGGAUCGGCUGGAGCAGUCGGAGAGCACCAACCGCAGCAUGCAGAACUACGUCCAGUUCCUCAAGUCUUCCUACGACAACGUUUUUAGGGAAAGUGCUUUUCUGGGCUCCCCCAGCCACACUCGCUGUCUUCUGUGAGAGCAAUGCUUUGCUUGCACCUUUUUUAAGCGCAGAGUAGGAGCUUUGUUUCAAAAGCCAUAUUGAUUUAGAAAAUUGGAUGGCAUUUCAGGGUCACUGUUGGGAGAUUUUUUUUAUUGUAGAAUGACAAAAUAAAAUGAUGUUGGCAUCUGAUCAAAAUGUGGGGUAUCAGCAAUACUGGUUUGGUGCUGGAGGUUGGUGUUACACCAUAAACUGAGUCCCAGAACCAGGUGGUUUUGCAUAUAAUGGAAAAGAUCCUUUUCCUCCUGUUGGGUCAUGAUGGUUUCAGCUCUUAAAACCUGUCAAAGGUUUGUUGAGUGUGUUAAUUCUUGUAAGAGCUCUCUUUGUGCUUCACUUCUUAUUCGGUUUCUCUGUUGGGGAGACCAUGUGGGGCUUUUUUAAAAUAAUUUUUUUAUACUGUUGGUGUGAUGCUGAAAAUAACUGAGGUGCUUGGGCUCUACACUCACAAAGAGAUAAUCUCCUGCACAACCACAGUGUUUGUAACAAUUUUAUACCAGAAAUUAUGAGUUUGGUUUGGUUUUUUUAUACUUGAUUCUUACAUACUCCCUGAUCCUUACCUUUAUUUGUGAGUGUGAUGCUAGUGUUGCUUUACUCCUCUUACCCUGAUUUUCUGAUCCUGACUAUACCCACCCAGGACUGAGCCAAAACAAUUAAAUUUGAAGGAAAUCAGUGUCAUUUCAUUUGGGAUCUUGGUGCAAAUUCCAUGUGAGUUCUGGGGGUGUGUGAAAUCCUGACUUUGCCUUAAGCCAGCUAAGGAACAGCUGGAGAUAUUCAACUUCAUCAAAUUCUCCUGCACCUUCUGGAAAAUCAGGUCUUUUGUGUUUCAAGUCUCUAAAGUCCAUGUGCUCUCUAGUGUCCUAUUGUUUCUACUAAAUGGUUCUUAGGCGGACAAAAAUAAACCUUGUUUCUAUUUUUCUCUCUUUUGUAUCCUAUUUAUAUGCUAUGUGAUGUGGUCACUGGCAGUAUUUGCCAUGAAAGUUUUCUAAACUAAUCAGUUCAAAAGAUCUGUAAUUGUGCGUGUUUAAAAAUCCCAGAAGUGCUG